CGAUGAGCGCCACGAGCGCGGGGGAGGCUUAAUGAACGAGUUAUAAAGCUUUGAGCAUUCCCUUGUUGUUGUUGUUGUGCAUUAUGCCUCAAAGUCGGGUUCUCAGACAAGAAUCAGGUUUCCGGAAACGCCUCUUCGAUCCGUGACCGGCAAACAAACCAUCGUCAACAUGAAGACGGCUAUCAUUCUCUUGCCUACUCUGGUGAGCCUCCUCGGGCGCGUGGUCGCCUUCGACGCGGGCAGCCUUUCUGGACACAUCGACGAGAUCCCGGCAUGUGCGCUCUCGGCCUUUGCCAAGGCGAUGCCCGCCGAGGGAUGCGACACGACCAAGGUUGAUGGUUCGGACAUUGAGUGCCUCUGCAAGAACGCGGGACUUAUUGCCCGUGAUGUGGCGCGAGAUGUGGAGGCGCAAUGUGCCCUCGACUUUGGAGGGGCUGUUGGCAAGGCGUGCGGCAUUUGGAUCGCCUUGAGCAGCUCGGCGACUGACUUUCCCCGCGCGACAAGCAUCCUCGGGGACAAGCUUCAAGGCAAGGGCGGCGCGGCCACCAAGACGACCGACACUGUAACCAGUCAGACCACGUCCGCAGCCGCCGCCGCGGGGACGACGACGACCUCACAGUCUGGGACUGCCGCUGCGACGACGACGACGACGACGACUGCAUCGAAAGGAGCCGCGGCGGCGCCGGCAGCGUCCGCGUAUCUCUCGGGUAUGGCGGGGGUUCUCGCCGCGGCGGCAGCGGCCCUUGUGUGAUCGAUCCCACGUUGCGGCUUUGCGUGUACCGAGUGCUUUGUUGUCAGGACUUGAUGCCUUGGCCGUGGACCUGGUGUGGCCUUUUUCUGUCUGUAUUUCUUUUUUACCUUGUGGUCAUCGCGUGGGUCGAGUUUCCGUUGCGUUCGUGCCUCUGCACGGGAUCCCAUGUUGCAAUAUGCUAUAUGUACAUAGUGGCUACCACGCAGGGAAGAUGGUGGCUCACGCGCGCUGUUUGACACGUUUGCGAAAGCGAAGGAGCAUCGGUCGGAGUGUCGUAGAAGCUAGGAUAUUCUAUG